AUGGCCUACUACCUCGACUCGUCAUUCGACCUCGGCUCAUACGGCAACGAGCCUUUCGACGAGUCCCAUACGCUCCUGCCAAACAAUGCAUUCGACGUCGACUCGACCAUCUUCUCCGAUCCUGGGCCCCUUCCCUCCCGAACAACCGGACCGCUCGGCAACUCUUCAUCCAACUACACCCACUUCCCCGACUCUCUCGCCCCCGCGCCCUCUGUCCAUGUCGCAGACCCGACCAGCACCCUCGGAGCGUCGACUUCGUCGAACCCCUUCUCCCUGUACGACCUCGACUCGCCGUUUGGCUCGUCUGGGAGCCAAGUCCCGGUUCGGUCCCUCACGCGUGACGGCAGGCUCAAGACGCGGCUCAUGGGCGUCGGCAGCGACGGCGGCUUCCUCACCUCUCCGCUCAUCGUCGGCAAGCCUCGCGUCGACAGCCGGACAGGCAGACUCGCCGCGCCCGAGAUUGCCAUCGACUCGCCCAUUCCUCCGCCGCCGCAGUCCUCUCUCAUGACGCCUGGCGAUUCGCACAGCGGCGUUGUGAGCAGUGAACGCGGCGUGACGAACGAGAUGAUGCCGAGUUUGAGCGUCGGCAGCACGGCGAGCUACACAUCCGCGAGCAUGUCAGUCUCGGGCAGCCGUCCCGGCACCGCCGUCCAGGUCGUCGUGCCAGAGCCGACAGGACUCGGCAUGGGCAUCUCGGGCUUGGACGAUCUGCAGGAAACGAUGGGAGGAUUCGGAGCCGACGACCUCGGUUUGCGCAGCUACGGCAUGGCCAAGGGUGCGACGACCGGUCACGACGGCUACCUCGGCACCUCGCAGCACCUCUCGUCGUCGCAGACUCGGCGCACUCGGAGCGUGACGGGCGAUGGUCGUCCUGCGACGGCCGGCUUCGACAGCUUCGACUAUUCCUCCUUCCGUCUUCCGCCUCCUCCCGUCCCCGAGACUUCCUUCCGUCCAACGAGGGCGCUGCCGACUCGCACGAUCAACAAGGCCAAAUCUUGCUCGGCUCUCGCUGCUCAGGCUCGCGAGCAAGACGCGCAGGCCAUGUACGAGCCCCUCACGCCCGUCUCUACGGAUCAAUCGACUUUUGCACCAACCGGCGCGACCUUCGGCACACCCCAUACGGGCUACGUCGAGGUACCGAACACGGGCCCGCUCAGCUUCGCCGACCUCUACAACGUCGGCCUGGCGGAAGAGGCGGCCGUCGACGAGCUCGACGUGCACAAGAAGGACAUCUUCGAUCACGGCGCGGUCGACACGCUCAAUAUCGGUCUCGGCAUGAGUGGUGGAGCGAACCUUCUUCUUCCGACCUUUGGCAUUCCUUCUGCGCUCUCCUCCCCCUCAACGCCUUACCUCUCCGACCCAUCGCCCGACACGGGUAUGCAGUACGAUGCGUACGACGGCUUGGCGUCCGCUCCGAUGUUCCCAGCUACAUCGGUCGGCUCGACCUUCUCAGCCGCGACCACCCACUCGCCUCUCCCCGACGUCGCAGGCCGACAGCGCUCCGUCACGUACGGUUACGCGGCACCUACUCCAGCUGCCGAGGACGAGAUGAGCUACGGCCGCUCAAGUCGGCAGCGCCAGCAGCAGCUUCCUCCAGACUCGGCGUACGGCGCAGGUCGCAAGAACUUCUCGUACCCGACUCGCUUCGCAUCGCAGGUGCAGGCGCCCCCGCCGCCUAUGCAAUGGUCCGGCUCGCAGGGCCCGCCUCUUCUCCCUCUCCCGCCGGUCCCGACCACCCCGACUCGCCAGCGCUUCAACCCACACGUACGUUGCAUGACAGGUCCCGCCGGCUCGAUGGCCGACUACGAGCCGCACACGAACGUCUUCGUCUCGCAUGACAGGACGGAGGACUACGAGCGCAAGCUUGCGACGUUCGACUCGCUCUACGACCCGUACGCCGAUGCGGCGCAGACGCCGUCGAAGCGUGCGCGCGAGGUGGACGUGUUCAGCCAGGACGACUCGGACAUCGCGCUUUCACCAGAAGCCGAGGAGUCGCAGCGCACGAGCAAGCGACUUCGAACGGUCGCUUCCGCUCCUUGCCUUACUGGCCGACGGCGGUUGAGGCCGGGCCCGAAGCCCAAAUCCAUCAAGUCGCCUCAGACGGAGCACCAGUCCGUCUUCAGCGCGAACCUCUCGCCGCCGGUCCCGCAGAUCCACCGCGCCGUCUCGCCCUACGCUUCUCCACUGCUUUCCGACGACGAUGGCGAAGGUUUCCUCGUGAGCGACGGCAACGGCAACAUCGCGACACCGGCAAGCAUCACGUACGCCGUCGGUCCGCCAGCUCAACCAGGACAGCCGCGUAGCUCCGUCCCGCGCGAGGUCAUCCAGUCGCUUUACGCCGCAGUGCCGGCUCACACGGCUGCCGACGGCACGAAGGUGUCGAAGCGCUACGGCUGCUUGAUCGAAGGCUGCGGACGUUCGUUCCCGAGGAAGAGCGCGAUCGAGAGUCACAUCCAGACGCACCUCGAGGACAAGCCGUUCGUCUGCCCGCACGACGACUGCGACGCAUCGUUCGUUCGGCAGCACGACUUGCGGCGGCACGAGCGCAUCCACUCUGGCAACAAGCCCUUCCCGUGUCCUUGCGGCAAAGGCUUCGCUCGAGGCGACGCACUCGCACGACAUCGCGCUCGCGGCAUCUGCUCCGGCAGUCUCGUUCCGCGGAGAGGCUGA